AUGGACGCUCGCCAACAGUCUCGUAAACAGGUUGAAUACUUGAUGCUGAAGAAGCCUCCUAUUGGCAAUGAACAGGGCGAUGACACCACAGAAGAACCAUCGGAAUAUCAUAUCUCAAAACAAAAGAAAUCGUUUGAUUACUCCAAUUAUGUCAAUAAUAAGCGUCUUCAACUCAAUAAACAACAGCAAACCCAAUUAAAGGCCAGAACCAUAACAGAAUCUCAACAGUAUGAAACCCAGAAGAAAUCAAAACAACAGCAAUUACAAGCCAAAGCUGAAAAGAAUAAAGCCAUUAGGAAAGCCAGAAGAAGAAUGAAACAAUCUUCCAAGGGCAAUGCAAAACCAGACCGCAAAGAAGAAAAGAUACAAUAA